AGAAAAAUGUAAGUGAAGUUUACUCUUUCUUUUUAUAUUCAAGCAACUAAUUUUUAUAAGAUAGUGAAUAUGCAUAUGUUUAUAUAUACAUAUAUAUACAGGUGUAUGUACGUGUGGGUUGGUUAAGCUUGUUCGGUUCUAACUUUUCUGGAGGAUCUGUAUGUGCAUAUGUAUCAAUACUAAAGGGUACAUACUUACAUACAUAUAUGAGUUAGUUCUCCUUUUGAUUUAAAUUUUGUUGUAAAUAUAAAUAUUUAUAUGAACCUGCAAAUAAACAGACAUGCUUACACGCGUACACUUGUGAGUUUAUUUUUAUUUUUUUUGCCUUGUAUUUUCUUUUACUUUUUAAUUUUUUUUUUGUACCAUAUAUGCGCACUCUUAAGCAUACAAAACCACAUACGCGUUUACAAAUAUAAGGUAAAGUUUUUUUUUAGUAAGAAACGAUCCAACAAAUGCGCUACAGAGGAAGAACAACACCCUGGUUGACGAAUUGUACAAAAGCAAAAUUAUUGACUACAGAGGUAAACAACAACUCGUAUGCACAGCAGCGAUUGCACCACGACUUUACGGAUUACCAAAGAUCCACAAACCUGACUUGCCCUUAAGGCCAAUUUGUUCGUCCAUCAAUGUUCCGUGUUAUGGUUUGUCCAAAUAUGUAGAUUAAAAGAUAAACUGGAUAAAGUAAAAGUAAGUGAGGAAGAAUUGCUGGUGUCUUUUGAUGUGGUAUCGUUGUUUACCAACAUUCUGAUACCCUUAGCCAUUAAUAUCAUAAUGUCAAAAUGGAGCAAAAUAAAACAGUCGACGAACAUCCCCAAAAACAAACUUCUAAAUAUCCUUAAUUUCUGCCUGAAGGAUAACAAUUAUUUCGCGUGCAACGAAAAAUUCUACAUUCAAACCUUUGGAAUGCCAAUGGGAAACCCUCUCUCACCCACUAUUGCUGACAUUAUAAUGGACGAUUUACUGAACGCAACUAUGAUAGAACUUAAAGAAAUCUAUAAAAUUGAUAUACAAUUUAUAGUAAAAUAUGUGGAUGACAUUUUUGCCAUAGUUAAACGAAAGGAUGUGGACAUUAUAUUGAAAACACUCAACAAAUAUCAUCGAAAAUUGCAGUUCACAAUAGAAACAGAGGCAAAUUUCCGGAUCCCAUUUUUAGACGUUAUGAUCCAUAGAAGAAAUGACUCUUUAAUACUUGACUGGUAUUCGAAACCUACAUCCUCGGGACGUUUAAUAAAUUAUUUGUCGUCACAACCCUCUAAGUACAAAAUUAAUACUGCUAAGAACUUAAUUAAUAAGAUACUAAAAAUAAGCCAUCAACAAUUUCAUGACACAAAUAUAAAGAAAAUAUUCAACAUUCUUAGAAGUAACAACUACCCGGAGCACAUAAUUCAUAGCCUAGUUAAACAAAUAACAACACAAAUUAAUGACAAACGCAAUAACCCUACGAUCACAACAACUAAUAAUAAGACAAAACGCUACUACAGUGUAACAUACCUACCUAGAAUCAGCGAAAAAUUUGAUCGCAAGAAAUACACUAACAACCAAAAUACAAUACUAGCAUACCGAUCAAAUCACACGUUGUCUUCAGUAUUUACCAAAACAAAAACUCCAAUAGAGCCGCACCAACAAAAUAUCGUAGUGUACGAAAUAACAUGCGAAGGAUGUGAAAACGAAAAGUGUAAUAAAAUUUACAUUGGAACGACAAAAAUGCCGCUUGCAGUUCGCUUAUCGGAGCAUGAAGCGGACAUCAAGAAGAACAAGAGCAACACGGCACUAUCACAACACAUAUCACCAGCAAGCGGACACACAGCUGAUCUAACAAGAGGGACAAGACAAUGAACAAAAAGGAAGACACGGAUGACAUCGCGACUGCUUAUUUAUUAUGUGUAUAGCUAAAAUCAACAGUAUGACAAGUGUACCACACGACGUUGGUAUCGAUGCGGACCAAUUAGUUUAAGUUUUUAUGUUAUUUAUUUGUUUAUAUAUGUACGUGAAUUUUGAAACUCGUGUUCAUAUGUAAGUGCAAAAUUUUAAAAAUCCUUUAAAAAUCUGUGAUUGUUUUUUAUUAUUGUUUGUAGAACUGUUCACACAUUUUUUAUGUCAUUACUAAUUUUAAAUUGUAUGUCUAUUUAUAUGUAUGAUGAUGUGAAAAUAAAAGGAGAAUAAAACACCCCUGAAGAUGCUAAGGAUUUUAGCGAAACGUCGGGUAAAAACGUGAAGAACAGUGUUUUCUUGCACAUAAAAGGGAUCAAUAAGCCUAUGAAAUACCUAAAAUAAAGUUUUUUUUUGUUUUGUUCGAUUUGCGAACUCUUUAUUCCGAUUGAUCAUUUUAAGCGAAGUUGAAUAUUUUCUUUUUGCAAGUUUAGACCACUAAAUUCUCAUUUUUAUAUAAGAAUCAAAGAGAGCAACUAGGGUCAAUGACCAUAUAGAUACUUUUCGUUGAGGUAGGUCAGGUUUACAAAUUAAAGCUACACCCGCUGAAAACUAUUAAUAUACGUAUAGUAGAUUUA